GCUAUUUUCAAAAACAAAUGUUAUAACUUUGUUGCUACUGAUAUUUAUAAGGUAUGUAUGUAAUUUAUACUUUAUAUGUAAGGUAGUGUAAGGUCAUAAUGUCGGUCUUUUAUUUGUUUUUGUAGGGUGACUUUUAAAAGUUGAGUAGUUUUGUGAAUACAUUUCCAGUUUAUCGUUACUAGUAGGCUCCUGUGGUUCAGUUCUGGUUUGGGCUUGUUCAUGUCAUAAACUGUCUGUGAAUCAGCUGAUAGGCCUACUACCAUAAAUGGUCUUGACCAACAUUUCUGCCAUUGUACAGUACAUUGGAGGAUGUUGCCCCACCAGCUGUAAGAAAGUGCCUGGUUCAACCUCAAGCUAAGCUAAUCUUUUAUUGCCCCCUCAUCACUCAGGCCUGGGACUGAUAACCUGGUUAAGCGGCCUGUUUUACCCUGGGGGCCCCCACGCCUGUGCUCAUUUGCUCUCAGAAAGAGCUGAUAAGAGGGGUUUUUUUUUUCGAGGGCAGGUUUUCAUUUGCCCCGUCAACUUUGAACCUUGGACAAUGUGUCCUUUCCAAACACAGUUCUGAGUGUGUGAGUAGUACUCCUCAGCUCACACAUUUCAAAUAAGACAAGACUUCAGCAGCUGCCUAUGCCAUUUGCACCUUUCCAUCUGUGCAAGUAUGGCUAAUUUUUACCACUCGCCCAGGGAGGAAGUUUGGUUUGCGCGUAUCAUGCGUGGUGGUGGUGAGGGUUCGCUUGACAGGCUCCUCCCCACCGUCAACGCUGGCCUGUCGCCAAGGAAACGGACCACCAGCCAGUGCAAGUCAGAGCCCCCGCUCCUGAGGACCAGCAAAAGGACCAUCUACACCGCGGGCCGUCCACCCUGGUACAACGAGCAUGGGACCCAAUCCAAGGAGGCCUUCGUUAUUGGUCUGUGUGGGGGAAGUGCCUCUGGAAAAACCACCGUGGCCCGCAAGAUUAUCGAGGCACUAGACGUCCCCUGGGUGGUGCUUCUCUCCAUGGACUCCUUCUACAAGGUGCUGACCACUGAGCAGCAGGUGCAGGCUGCCAGUAACGACUACAACUUUGACCACCCCGACGCCUUUGACUUUGGCCUCCUGGUGCCCACGCUCCGCAAGCUCAAGCAGGGCAAGAGUGUCAAGAUCCCCGUCUACGAUUUCACCACGCAUGGACGCCAAAAGGAUUGGAAAACUGUGUACGGCGCCAGUGUCAUUAUUUUUGAAGGCAUCAUGGCUUUUGCUGAUAAGGACUUGCUCAAGCUCCUGGACAUGAAGAUCUUUGUGGACACGGACUCGGAUAUCCGGCUAGUGCGGAGACUGCGACGGGACAUCACGGAGAGGGGCAGGGACAUCGAGGGCGUCAUCAAGCAGUACAACAAGUUUGUCAAGCCGGCCUUCGAGCAAUACAUCGAGCCCACCAUGCGCCUGGCAGACAUCGUGGUUCCCCGUGGUGGCGGGAACAUGGUGGCCAUAGACCUGAUCGUGGCACACGUCCACAGUCAGCUGGAGGAGAGGAAACUCCGCUGGGAUAUGGCAGCGUUGGCCUCUGCCCAUCAGGCCCAGCCCCUCCCCCAGACCCUCAGCGUCCUGGAGAACACGCCACAGGUCCGCGGCAUGCACACCAUCAUCAGGAAUAAAGACACGAGCCGAGAUGAAUUCAUCUUCUACUCCAAACGGCUGAUGAGACUGCUGAUCGAGCGUGCCCUCUCCUUUCUGCCCUCUCAGAUACACAUUGUUCAGACGCCACAAGGACAAGACUAUGAAGGGCGCACUUUCCAUGGCAAGAGGAUCACUGGCGUGUCCAUCCUAAGGGCGGGGGAGACCAUGGAGCCCGCGCUGAGGGCCGUGUGCAAAGACGUCCGCAUUGGCAAGAUCCUCAUCCAGACCAAUCAGGACACAGGAGAGCCAGAGCUGCACUACCUGCGUCUGCCUAAGGACAUCAGUGAGGACCAUGUCAUCCUCAUGGACUGCACCGUCUCCACCGGAGCAGCGGCCAUGAUGGCCAUCCGCGUACUACUGGACCAUGACGUGCAGGAGGAUAAGAUCCUGCUGGUGUCUCUGCUGAUGGCUGAGAUGGGGGUGCACUCGGUGGCCUACGCCUUCCCACAGGUCAAGAUCAUCACCACCGCCGUCGACAAGAAGGUCAACGACCUCUUCCACAUCAUCCCUGGCAUAGGUAACUUUGGGGACCGCUACUUUGGCACCGACGCACCGCCGGACUGGAGUGACGAUGACAUGGACGAGCCCAGUUACUAAGCGACACCUCAUCGCUGUGGUAACGAAAAGGGAGCGGGGUUGGUUACCACGGAGGGAGGGAGGGGGCAACUUUAUAGCCCCAUCCCUCCCCACCCACCUAUCCCACCCCCGUCCGGCAGCUAAUACGUACGGACCACCUCCAUCUUCUGGGCCCCCCAACAGGGACAGCAGACAUGGGGUUGGGCUUGUUGAACAAAGGACAAGGACAAUCACUCUGUACUCAAUACUAUUAUUUGUGCGUUUUCACAUUUGUGUGCCAGGUUGUAAGGAAAGUAAGGACAGUGUUGUACAUAUUUUACAUUUGACAAAAAAAACGUUUGUUAUAAUAAUCUUUUUUUAUGUGUAAUUGGUGUCACUGUGACGCUUUAUUUUUUUUGCUUUUCGCUGAUUGUUGCUGAUGCUGCCAUUAUGUUUUCACAGAGCAGAGGUGCUCUCGCCUUCAACGUGCCGUUUGGAGAAAGAAAAAAAAUUGUGAAUCUGCGACAAAUGAAUGUCAGGCUUUCUUGUCUUCUUUUUAUAUAUUUUUUUCUCUGUGUGUGUAGUUGUGGCUUGUGCCACUUUUGUAGCACCAUUUCUUUUGUUUUUCUGCAUUUCUGAAGAGGUUGACCUUUUCUAAGCCAGUCAUGGUAUGCGUUUGUUGUGCUGCGCAGUGUGUGUGUGUGUGUGUGUGUGUGUGUGUGUGUCUAUGCAGUACAUGCGUGUGCGAUGUGUGUGAGAAAAGGAGAUGCUGCAUUUGUGCUCCUCAUUGCACAGCUUAUUCAGUGUGCAUCCUUUGAAGGACCUCUUCAUGGAAAAAUGCUAGCAAAUGUCGUGGGCGUUGUUUUCUUUGAGUUUCUUUUUUUUCUCCCUCUCUAUCUCUGUCUACCUGUCCUGGCCCCUCUCUCUCUCUCUCUCUCUCUCACAAACACACACACACACACACACACACACACACACACACACACACACACACACACACACACACACACACACACACACACACACACACACACACACACACUUCUCUGUCCGGUUCUUUUUUUCUCUCUUUCUUUAUAACUUACACACACACACACAAACUCGGACAAAAACACACACGCGCACAUGCACAUGUUCACACACACAGACACACACACACACACACACACACACACACACACACACACACACACACACACACACACACACACACACACACACACACACACACACACACCGACUCACUCAUCUCUCCGUCCUGUUCAGACAUACUGACCAGACCACAAGCUGCAGAGAGACUCUUGCCUCUCACUCGGACCAGCUGAGCCGAGAGGCCCGAGAGCGAUGGGCGAGAAGAAGCUAGCCACUAUACUGUUAUCUAUAGAAGUAGAGGCAAGAUCGCUAACUGUCUCGCAGGCGCUAAAGAGGAGAACACACCUCUGGCUCUACCAAGUGUGGACCUUGUUUUAAAGUACACUUCAAGUCGAGUCAAGUCGGUUUUAUUGUCAAUUUCUUUGCAUGAGCUGGUCAUACAAAGAAUUGAAAUGACCAGCGCGUGUAAAGAAAUUUCACACUUUCACACUUUCUUACAAGGCGGUCUUUGUUCAUUGGCCUCAUUCUGUUUUUUUGUCUAUGUCUUUUAAGUUCUGUUUUCUUUUUUUUUUCAGGCAAGGCUUUUUUGUGUAUUUCAGUCUCAUUAAAUCCACAGUAAACUGGCUACCUCAUGUUUUGGUAUGGGGCACUGUAAUGCGCAUAAUCAUACUCCUACAUACACACACACACACCAAACGCAAACACUACAGCAAGUACGUACACCCACCACACACUGCUUUUAAUGAGUGGAACACAUCCAAGGGCCAUGCCACAGCUUCAUACCAAAUAGCAGCAUGGGCAAAACAAACAGAGCUUUAUGUGAAAGCUACAUCAAAUGAUUUAGCGUUUUAAUGUUCUUUUCAUCUUUAUUCCUCACACAUAGUUAUUUGGGUGUUGGAAAUUAAAAGAGCAGUUGUAGCAGGCAAACAUACCUGACCACAGUGUGUUCAGUUGUCAUGGUCUAGUGAACUGUCGCCUUGGCCAUAUAUGGCAUCCGCUUUGUGUGUGUGUGUGUAUGCGCUCUAGUACGUGUUUAAAAUCUGCGGUGUGAUUAUAUGGCUGUUUUUUAUUUAUGGUGAAAGACUUUUUUGUUUAAACCAUGAUAUGUGGGAUUUUUUUAUACUAUUGUUCUAUUUUGUCACCCCAGAAAGCACUUUCAGCUUUGAGUUCUUUUGAAUGCAUGGGCGAUGUAAAUCUGUUGUGAGUUGUUUUAGAUCCUCAUAGUGAUGCCUUAGUUUCAUCAUCUGUUUUUCACGCCUCGUUGAAUGUAUUUCUGAAGUAUGCUAGUUAUUUAUUAUACGCUUCAGACAGGAUUACUGUGUUAUAGAAGGGUUUUAUGUAUUUUUUUGAAAAUGCUUGCUUUGGUUUGUUUUUUUCUUUCUUUGUUUGUUUGAUUUUGUUUCUUCUUUUGGCUUUACCUGUGACAGCUUGUGAUUGUACAAUCCACAAAAGCGGUGCACAGACAGGCAUCUGUAGUCUUCAUCUGCUGCAGAACAGAAUCAAAGAUUGCUAACGAACAAGAAGUCUCACCAAAAAAUUCUGAUCAACCCACUCGACCUGCACUCAGUUGCCUGGUGUGGGUGGGUGAACUACGGUAGGAACCAGCUUUAUUGUGGAGAAAGAUUACCGCCACACUGCCUAGGAUGGAUGGAUGGAUGGAUGGAUGGAUGGAUGGAUGGAUGGAUGGAUGGAUGGAUGGAUGGAUGGAUGGAUGGAUGGAUGGAUGGAUGGAUGGCUUUUCUCAGCACCAUGUAACCACAGUGUGUGUGUGUGUGUGUGUGUGUGUGUGUGUGUGUGUGUGUGUGUGUGUGUGUGUGUGUGUGUGUGUGUGUGUGUGUGUGUGUGUGUGUGUGUGUGUGUGUGUCUUACCUCACCUAAUCUCAGUCCGCAAUGUGCAGUGAUGUGCUUUCCCGCAGUCUUUGCAUGAGACAUUUUGUAUUGUAGGAAAAAAAUGACAUCUUAAAUAAAACUGAUUAUUUUAUUAAA